UGCAGUCAGUGCGUGCUCCAUAAAAAACACAGCAGAAAAAUUUUGUGCGGUAUAUCCAAGGAAGUCGUAUUAUUUGAUUGCGCCAAUAAAAAAAAUGUGCAAAACUCUGUUACUAAUCUCUUUUGUCAUCACUGGCCUGUUGGCAACUGCGCGAGCAGAGGCUGACUCCACCAUAACUCGCUAUGCUAGCGAAUUGAACAUCGAUGGCUCUUACAGUUUUGAUAUAGCCGAAUCGAAUGGUGCCGAACAUCGCGAGGAUGGCGUGGGUGGACAAUAUGCUCAGGGUUAUUUCCGUCACUACUCGCCGGAAGGAAAAUUCGUGCAAAUUAUUUACGUAGCCGAUGAGAAUGGCUAUCAGCCGCAAUCCGAUGUGCUUCCUACGCCACCACCGGUGCCAGCACACAUCCAGCGAUCCAUUGAGUACAUACGCGCACAUCCCACACCCGAAGAGUUGGCCGAUCAACAGGUGCGCGCACGACACUUUUAAACUGAGAAAGCCUAUUUGUACUGAGGCAAAAUGAGCCGAAAUUGUCUUAAUUUGUUGUUUAUGAUUUUUAAUAGGAAACAUAAUAACUACUAUAACGGAUUAUUAGUUAUUUGCUUAAAUAACGGCCUGCGGCAGAUACAUUAAGACACACACUUUGUACUUUACUUAAUGAUGUAGAAACUUAGAAAAAUAUGUUUAAAACUAGUCGAAUAAA